CGGAGGGAGGUCAAGAUUUCGCGACGCCAUGUUGGUUUCGUGUUUAAAAUAUUAGAUUAGUCGCAACCCGUCCCCACUAUGGAUAAGACUCGCUGUCCUUGAUAAAACUUGUCUUUUGACUUGGACCUGUGACUUUGGAAAGCACUUUAACACCAUGUUGUCCCAACUGUUUCGGUUCCACGGGCUGCUGGUGGCCUCCCACCCUUGGGAAGUGAUAGUGGGGACCCUGGCUGUCACUGUCUGCCUCAUGUCUAUGAACAGCUUAGCAACCAGCAGCAACCAAAUGUGCAGCUGGAACAACUGCCCCAAAGUUGAAGAGGAAGUCCUCAGCAGUGACAUAAUCAUCCUGACAGUCACUCGCUGCAUGGCUAUCAUUUAUAUUUACUUCCAGUUCAAGAAUCUCCUCCAGCUGGGAUCCAAAUAUAUUCUGGGUAUUGCAGGGUUAUUUACAGUGUUUUCCAGCUUCGUUUUCAGUUCAGUUGUCAUUCAUUUCUUUGGGAAAGAGCUAACAGGCCUUAAUGAAGCCCUGCCGUUCUUUCUCCUGCUUAUUGACCUGUCCAAAGCAUGCACAUUGGCUAAAUUUGCUCUCAGCUCAAACUCUCAGGAGGAAGUGAGGGAGAACAUCUCUCAAGGCAUGGCUAUCCUCGGCCCUACAUUUACCCUGGAUGCUCUGGUUGAGUGUCUGGUUAUAGGAGUUGGCACCAUGUCAGGCGUUCCUCAGUUGGAGAUCAUGUGCUGUUUUGGCUGUAUGUCUGUUCUGGCCAAUUACUUUGUUUUCAUGACGUUCUUCCCAGCAUGCGUCUCCCUGGUCCUCGAGCUUUCAAGGGAAAGUCGUGAGGGCCGGCCAAUCUGGCAGAUGAACCACUUAGCCCAUGUACUUGCAGAGGAGGAGGAUAACAAGCCCAAUCCUGUUACUCAAAGGGUUAAAAUCAUUAUGUCUCUUGGUUUGGCCUUGGUUCACGCCCACACCCGGCUUCUAGCUGAGCAUUCAGGUCACAAUCGCACAGCAGAGGGUCCCGUUCUAGAGAGGAGGAACUAUGAAGGUUCUAUGUGGCCUGUGAAGCUCAGCAGCAUGGAGCUGGAACACGUGAUAACCCUCAGUCUGGCCCUGCUCCUCGCUGUGAAGUACGUUUUCUUUGAACAAGCAGAGACAGAGUCCUCUCUGUCUCUCAGGAGUCCAAUUAAUGGCUCGACUCUGAUCCAGAAGCCCAGGGGAGCAGAGGACUGCUGCAGGAGGAACCUUUCAGCCCUAAAACCCCAGAGGAGUGGAAGUAGUGUGGUGGCAACCAGCACUACGUCCUCACCUGGAUCAGACCGUCAACUGUUCCCUGAGGUGGACUUGACCUGCAAAGAAACCUCGGGUACAAAAGUGGUCCGGCCAGCCCCGGUGAAAACCUGUGUUUGUGAGGAGUCCACUGCUCAGACCAGUCAGAGGUCGGAGCCUCGAUCUCUGGAGGAAUGUAUGGCCAUCCUGUCUGAUCCUCAGAGGGGUCCUCAGAAGCUUAGCGAUGUAGAAGUGAUGAACCUGGUGACUUCAUGUAAGAUCCUGAACUACAAGCUAGAAGCAGUCCUGGAGAGUCCGGAGAGGGGCGUGGCUAUCAGGAGAGAGAUGUUGUCGCUCAAACUGCCUGUUACGUCUGCGCUGGCUUCACUACCGUAUAAAGGCUACGACUAUUCAAAGGUGAUGGGUGCGUGCUGUGAGAACGUCAUUGGCUACAUGCCGGUGCCCGUGGGGGUGGCAGGCCCUCUUCUGUUGGACAACAAGCAGUUUUACGUCCCGCUGGCCACCACAGAAGGUUGCCUGGUAGCCAGCACUAACAGAGGAUGCAGGGCGCUUUCUCUGAGUGGGGGCUGCAGCAGCAGGAUCCUCGCUGACAGGAUGACCAGGGGUCCUGUGGUGAGGCUGCCCUCAGCGUGCCGAGCUGCAGAAGUCAAACUCUGGCUUGAGACCUCGGAAGGAUAUGACUUGAUGAAAGAGACCUUUGACCAGACCAGCAGGUUUGCUCGUCUGGAGAAGCUGCUGGUGUGUGUAGCAGGGAGGAACAUCUACAUCCGCUUCCAGUCUCAGACGGGGGACGCCAUGGGCAUGAACAUGCUCUCUAAGGGGACGGAGCAGGCUCUGCACAGACUCCAGCUGCAGUUUCCAGACUUGGAGGUGCUGUCGCUCAGUGGUAACUACUGCACUGACAAGAAGGCCGCUACAGUCAACUGGAUUUUGGGCCGAGGGAAGUCGGCUGUGUGUGAGGCCACGGUUUCUGGGAGGGUGGUGAAGGAGGUGCUGAAGAGCAGCACGGCCGCCCUGGUGGAUCUGAACAUCAGUAAGAACCUGGUGGGCUCAGCUAUGGCUGGCAGUGUCGGAGGCUUCAACGCUCACGCUGCAAACAUCGUGGCAGCCAUCUUCAUAGCGUGUGGGCAGGAUCCGGCUCAGACGGUGGGAAGCUCCAGCUGCAUCACUCAGAUGGAGUGUACUGGUCCAAACAAGGAGGACUUGUACAUCAGCUGUACAAUGCCCUCUAUUGAGCUGGGGACAGUGGGAGGAGGAACCAAUCUGCCCCCCCAGCAGGCCUGCCUGCAGAUGCUCGGGGUCACAAGUCCCAAACAGCCCGGUGAGAACGCCCGCCAGCUGGCCCGUGUGGUUUGUGCUACGGUCCUGGCAGGAGAACUGUCUCUGAUGGCCGCCCUGGCUGCUGGAGACCUCGUCAAGAGUCACAUGACCCACAACAGAUCCAAAACCAACCUUCCAGAGAUGGUCCUUUCACCGUCCACUACGACUGCAUGACUGAAACACUGAGGUCCAGCUGCUGCGGUUCUGACCACAGCGCAGUGACCCGAGGACGUCCACACGCUGAGCUGUUACUAUUCUGUGCCAUUUGUUUGGAGCCCAGCAGAAUCCAUGAUGGUUCUGGUCCUCGGUUAGCCGGAACAAGAACCUGGUCCGGUUUUCUCAACAAGCUUGUUCAGAGCCAGCGUUGUUUCUUUAACCUGGGACGUCUUCAGACAGACGCUUUGUCCAUUUGGACUCCACAUGUUGACUUUUGUGUUUGCCAAAAACCUGUUUGAGACAAAGUCCUUGUCUUUCCUGGGAAUCUUCCUCGUGUUGUCUGACCAGCUGGAAAACAACAGUGUUUGUGUUUAGUCCCUACCAUGAAGUCUCUGUGUCCACUCCUUCAGUUCCAGCUUCAGGUCUGUCUCCAGGACCCAUGUCCAUCUAACGUGGACUCUUUGUCCCCUCAUGUCCAAACGUCUGCAGAUCCUUCAGUUUUGGACGGUUCUGCUCGUCUUUAAAUCAGACCUGAGGUUCUCAGUUGGCCUGUUGUCUGGACCUUCACCUGGUUCUCCUUACCCCAGUGGAGCGGUCUUUACGGUGUUCAGCAGGUUUGCUGUAGCAGCUUCAUCUUUGUUUCCUAACGAUGGACUUCAUGAAACUCUGAGGGGCGUUUCAGAACUCUGACCUGUGUGGAGAGUUCCUUGGUCUUCAUGAUGCCUCCUGCUUGGCGGCAGCCUGCAGUGCUUGGAGGUGUUGAUUCUGGGGGCUCUCAGAAGAGGUGGAUCUAUAAACUGGAGCUGGUUAAACUCAUUCUGUGGCUUCAGGAGGAGAUGGUUCAGACCACAUGGCUGAAGACUUAUGCACACACCACUCUUCACUUUUAUACAUUUUAAAUGUUUGAAAACGAGCUAUCUACAUUUGACUUGUAUAUGAAUUAUUUUAG